CUCUCCUCAAGAUUUUCCCCUUAAAACAUUAGAUUAAUUUUUGUAGGGUUUUUCUUUUCCGGCAAAAGCAAAUCAUCAUGUACCCUCCUUCUUCCUCCUCAAAGUCCACACCUCCAAACGACGCCGACAACGACCGAUAUGACUCGGCCGCCGGAGCUACCCGUGAUUUCUCCUCCCUCAACUCUCAAACCCUCCAUAAUCCUCCGGCACGGCAGCAACACAAUCCCAACGUCGGCGGUCAUUACUUCCCCGGCGAUCCAUCUUCCUUCGGUCCUGAUUCCGGCGCUUCUCCUUCUUUGUUCCGACACAGAAGCUCCCCUGCCGGUUUCUAUGACCAACAUCUUCCCACUGAUCCCAACGGUUUUUCUCUAGGACGGGCAAACGGAGGAUACGGCGGAGGAGGAGAGCGAGGGCCGUCGAGGUUGAAGUCCGAGCUGAGAUUCUCCGGCGGGAGUAGUAGUAGUCAUCAAGAACAUAACUCUCUACCGCGAAUCUCGGAGGUUGAAGCGGCUACGGCGGCUAUAAACGGUGUCGCAUCGACGAGUAUGAAUUUUGGAAAUGAUCAUAACAAUUGGGACAACUCUGCUCAUAUCAGUUUCACCAUUGACGAAACCGGCAAACGGUCCAAGACCACCGACUUUUUCACCUUAGAAACUCAGUUCAGCAUGCCGCAAACGUCACUGGAAAUGGCGAGAAUGGAGAGUUUGAUGAAUAUCCCAGAGGACUCAGUGCCUUGUAAGGUCAGGGCCAAGCGCGGUUGCGCGACUCACCCGCGUAGCAUCGCUGAAAGGGAGAGAAGAACGAGAAUAAGCGGAAAGUUAAAGAAGCUACAAGAACUGGUACCCAAUAUGGACAAGCAAACAAGCUAUGCAGACAUGUUGGAUUUGGCUGUUGAGCAUAUAAAAGGUCUUCAACACCAAGUAGAGAUGAUUAUUUGUCAUGUGCAGUCACUGGAAAAAGGGAUGGAGAGAUGUACUUGUGGGGCGGCAUGCAAGAAGCGAUGAUGAAUGAGAUGUUAUGUUUCCAAACAAGAUCCAAGAAAGUAUAGAAGCAAAAAGAGACUAAGGAAUCAAUUCAAAUACAAAAAGAAACACAACAAAUUAAUUUUUUUUUAUUUGUAAUUUUAGAGGUCCAAAGAAAGUGAUGGUGAUAACUUUAUGAAGUCUGGUUUUUGGCAAAUUCUCAAAGUCUUGACCA